AAACGGAAAACAGGCGCUUUUCGUUUGCCCUCGUUAACAGUUACAGCUCCAGCGAAACAGUAGCCUUCCUAUAGUUUUAACCGGACUCGUCACCCAUUUAUGUAUUUUAACAGAUAACUACAUGGCAGCGACAGGACGGAAGGACUCCUCUGCAGAGCAAAGACUGUCUUCGCCAGUGACUCACUGCGGCUCCACAGUCAGCAGCGCUGAGGAUGACCAUCCGAUUAACAGUCAUGACAGCAAUUGUAACAACCACCGGUUUCCCGCGGCAACAGCAGGUCACUGGGUCCAUGCUGGUGAGGAAGAGGAAGCUCUUCGCAGGAAGCUGAAAUACUUCUUUAUGAGCCCUUGUGACAAAUAUCAUGCCAAGGGGCGCUAUCCUUUUAAACUGGUCCUGCAGCUAGCCAAGAUUCUUGUAGUCACCGCUCAGUUGGUGCUGUUUGGCCUCAGCAACCAGGUGGUGGUGACCUUCAAGGAGGAGAAUACUAUGACCUUCAAGAACAUCUUCCUCAAGAACUACGAUGAGUCCUUAGAUGACUCCUUUGCUGUUUAUACACAGGAGGAUGUCUAUGACCACAUCUUCUAUGCCGUGGAGCGGUAUCUGGCCUUAUCAAAUACCACAGUGGGACGCUAUGCAUAUGUCUACGAUGUUGGCGUGAAUGGCAGCGCCCUCUCACUCUGCCAGCAAUACUACAAGAAGGGACACAUCGACCCCGCCAACGACACCUUCAGCAUUGACCCCCGUGUCAUCAAAGAGUGUGUUGGUGUGAACCCCAUGACGGUCCCCCCAGCUUUGCUCACAAGCAGCUACAAGAACUUUACACUCAAGUUCCACAAGUUGAUUAAUGUUACCAUAGAGUUCCAGCUGAAGGCCAUCAAUAUCCAGACUAUCAUCAACAACGAGAUACCGGACUGCUACACUUUUUACAUAACAAUAGUUCUGGAUAACAAGGCUCACAGUGGCAAGGUGAAGAUCCACUUAGAUAACCAGGCUUCAAUAAAGGAGUGCAAAGACCCGAGCAUCUCUGGACAGGUUCAGACAUACGCACGCUUGGCGUUUGAUAUUGUUGUGCUUCUGAUGUGCAUGCUGUCACUGAUGCUGUGUGGACGCUCCAUAAUAAGAGGCAUCAUACUGCAAAAGGAGUUUGUGCAGUUCUUCAGGCAAACUCUGGAUCGUAAAGUGUGCUUUGCAGACCGGCUUGAGUUUAUCAAUGGCUGGUAUAUUCUCCUCAUCAUCAGUGACAUCUUUACCAUCACUGGAAGUUUCAUCAAAAUCGGCAUUGAGUCUAAGAAUAUAUCCUCCUAUGACCUCUGUGCCAUCCUCUUGGGAACUUCCACUCUGUUAGUGUGGGUGGGAGUCAUUCGCUACCUCACGUUCUUCCAAAAGUACAACAUCCUAAUCGUGACACUUCGAGCAGCUUUCCCCAAUGUGAUUCGGUUCUGCUGCUGUGUGGCCGUCAUCUAUCUGGGCUACUGCUUCUGUGGCUGGAUCGUCCUGGGACCAUACCAUGUCAAGUUCCGCUCUCUGUCCAUGGUGUCCGAGUGUCUGUUCUCCCUGAUUAACGGCGAUGACAUGUUCGUGACGUUCUCAUCGAUGCAGGAGACCAGUCUUCUAGUGUGGCUGUUCAGCCAGGUUUACCUGUACACCUUCAUCUCCCUCUUCAUCUACAUGGUGCUGUCUCUCUUUAUUGCUCUCAUCACAGGAGCUUAUGAGAUGAUCAAGCACCAAACGCAAGAACCAAUCCACAUCACAGACCUGCAUGCCUUCAUAGCAGAGUGUACGGAUACGCCGAACUCUGGGAAGUUCAGAGGUCUGGAGCCUUCACCUUGCUCCUUCUGCUGCUAUGACAGAACAACCACAUAUGAAGAUGUCCUGCUUGUGAACUGAAGUUGACCUCACUGACCUCUGACGCCUCACUAGCUACCCCUGCUGACCAGUGGGGCACACUGCACACUCCCAACACCCAGCGUCUCUGUGUAUCUGGGUCAAACCGCAGGACUGCUCCAAAGUGGGAGUUGCGAUCGUCUGGAAUUGCACUCUUUAGUAGAGAUAUGGAACAACAGCCUUCUUCUUGACCCUUUUAAAUUUAUGGAGAAAAAAAACUGUUGGCUGAUGAAGAGGAAGAGGAAGACUAAUGCACAGACAUUUCUCUUGUUUUUUAGUUUGUUUUUUAAAUAAAAUUCAGUAUUUUUUUUUUCUUAUACAUUUUAUGCUCAUCCAGGCUAAGAAUUCUUAUUAGGAGACCAUCUAAGUGCAAGUGCCAUGAUAAGGACAUUUGAAGUAUUUCAGAUCAGUUAACUCCUGAGUAUGGGACUAAAAUGAGAUAUUUAUAAAUCUCCCAAAUCAUAUUCAAGAACAUUUUAUUGUACAGAACUCAUUGUUUGUUUUUUAAAUAACAUAAUGUUCCUAUAAUGCCUUUUUAAUAGCGCUCUAAAACUACUUUCCAUUUAACACUAGAAUAAUUUUCUUUUAACAGAGUCAGAGAUUCAGAAACAUCAGGAAACGGGACCACAGGGGUCGUACAGUGUGAGGUCUCAGACGUGGGAUUGAUUUGUUUUCUUUGUGAGCUGCACAUUCAGUAUAAAGUUUCAAACUGUGUCAUUAGCUUCAGCUCUGCUGCAUCAUGCUGCCUUCGAAUGUAGGUCUUAGUUUAGUUUUUAUUGCUUCGCUUUCUAUCAGUAGUGCUCAGGAUAAUGGGAUGCAUUUGUUCACUAACAAAGAACUCAGCCUGUGCUUGGCUGCAGUUCCUUCUCCAGUCCGUUCUUUAAUGAAGCCAAAGUAUUAAAAAGAAACCCAGACUUCAUCCAGCGUAUCAAAGCUAAAAGGAUUUCACCCGUUUAUCAGCUACGUUGACGGCCAUUAACAAAUUGGAUCUGACUUGUUUUAAGCACAAUAAAUAGUUUAAAGUAAAACUGAGUCUGAUUUGGGAGAAAUAGUGAAGGAAAAAACAGAAUGUCCUGUUUUAGUGACUUUCUCUGCUUUUUUUUGUUUGUUUGUUGUCUUCAUAAUUGUGUCUAAAACUGUGGCUCAGCGACUUGAUCUUUAGUAGAAACUUGAGUAAUGUAUCUUUGUUUUUCUUUGUGUCACAAAAAACGCACAAUAGUUAAUGGAGGGAGGAUCUCUGGAUCAUGAAGGAGUAGGUUAAUGAAGAGUAAGAUGAUUUUUCAGCCUUUUCAUUUUCUGUCUAAAACACCAGCAGAGUAAAUUGUAAACUAAAUAUGCUGAUGGAUUUACAUGGAAAUCAUAUCUAAAUUAUAUUUAACUUUAAAUGUUGUGACAAACAUGCAUAUCUUAUUUUUUACCUAGUGUUUGAUAGUUUUUUUAAGAUACAGAUUGCCUGCUCUUGAACUGUACUUGUGAGGUACAACACACAGUAUGAGUUGUCAUAAAGCCAUGUGCUUGUUGUCAAAUAUAUUGCCAAAUCUACUGAUUAAAGUUUCCCAAUCUGAUCUACAGCAA